AUGGAGAUGGCACUUGCAGCUCUCCUACCCCUUUUAUUUACUUCAGUAUUCUGUGUUUCAGCUUCCAAUGAAGCUGUGAAGGCUGGGAAUAGUUGUCCCGAAGGAUGGACUGGAAAUAAUUGCGAUGCGCCCAUCUGCUAUGAACAGAAAAUUAUUGAGAGGCACGAAGGAGGGAGUUACGGAGAUUAUCUUUUCUGGGAACAAUCAAGCAGAUGUAGUGGAGAAUUUUACUUCUAUGUUGACGAGUUCGUACAAAACAUUACUCUUUACGUUGAGGGUGGCGAAAAUUUCUUUGGAGAAGUCCGUAAAAACGAAAAACGAGUACAAGCACAUGGUACACCACCAGUGGUGUCUCCAGAUAUUCAUGUCUCUGAAUUUGAUGAGAUUGCCAGCUUUUACGGUUAUGGUGUUUAUACGAUAGUGGUACAAAGCGAUGGAACUGAGUCAUGCACUAUUUAUGUUCGGUCUGCUACGUCGUUAAUGAUUGACGGUGGCUUCGUGCAAGAUCGGCGUGAUGAUAGUGCGCAGUAUGUUGUACCUCAGAUCAAUCAAGGAGUUGGACGUUAUCCUAUAGUUAACAACAAUUCUUAUUUUGCCUUCCAAUAUCCAGUUGCGUUAUCACAUCCAGGAAGAGCUAACUUUGUUUACAUUAAUUCUGGUAGUGGUUAUGGUUCUCGAAUAGCAGUCAAAGAUCGGUACGGUUGUGGAGCGUCGUACAUCAGUAAUGCAGUCCAGUGUGAAGAAGACUUGAGUCUUACAUACCAUUUGAAGGUGGAAGGUGUAGAUACUAAAGGGAACACGUGGCAACGAGUCUAUAUUUAUAUGUGCGAAACUUACGCCACUCCUAGCCCACCACCUACUGAGCCACCACCAGAACAGUGUCUCAAUGGUGGUAUUCUGGUGAACGCGGGAACAGCACAGCAAGAAUGCUACUGCGGUAAUGAUUACGAAGGUAGGAUGUGUGAAACAAAACGAUGCUUUAAUAAUGGUCAAGUAGGAAAAUACGGUCGAUGUACAUGUGCUGUAGGAUAUACCGGAGAGUCCUGUGAGCAUGUUUUCUGUCAAAAUCCGACUGAAGGUUACGGUGAUUCCAAAUACAAAGCUAUUGUUUUCAUUGUUCGCUCUGGGUUAUCUAUGGCGGGGCACAUUGAAGAAAUUGCUGGUGCUGCUCGGACAAUUGCCUCGUAUUAUCAGAGUGAUUCCUAUAUUCAACGUUGGGUUCUCGUCACAGUCUUCAACGGAAUGGUUGAUGUUCAAAGUACUACAAGGGCGGAUGAAUUUGUAAAUGCUAUUCGUGCAAUAAAGAUUGAACAAGACACUAUCUGUAAUGAUGCAAUCUAUACAGCAAUAAGCACAGCAAUUGACACUCCUGCCGUUCAGAUGUACAAGCGGUCAAUGUUUUUCAUCUUCACAGACGGCAUGCCUGAUGACAACACGGAAGAGCGUCUUACGCUUUUGCACCAACUUAGCUUCUUCAGAGGACAGAUGUUCUUUAUGUUAGCCAACUCUGUUUCUGGACGCUGUAACAUCGAUACCGCAUCUGAAGGGUACCGUGGAUUGCGAUAUUUAGCUCAAUUCAGUUUUGGUCAAGUGACAUACGUAGAUUUAGAAGAUUUAGGAUCGGCAAGUUUACUAACAUUGUUGUUUAAUCUGAAGAUGCAAUGGGCUACUGUUGUUCUGGCAAUCACCGCACACAAAGCUGACCACAUCUUUUCAAAUGAUCUUAUGGAUUCAUGCAAACGUGCACCAAAAUACCAGUCAUUCUUCGUCGAUCAUAGUUUGCGAAAUGUUUUCAUAUCAGCUACUGGAUCCAAUCUUAAUCUUUAUCUCACUGAUCCUUCGCGAAAUCGUACAGAAGCAACCCUUUUUUAUUCGUCUUCAGACCACUUGUAUGUUUGGCAGAUUGAAAACUUGAUGUAUGGAGGAUAUUUGAUGGAACUUGAAAGCCAAUCGUACAACCCGUGUUCGCUUCGCGUUUUCGGCUACGGAGAUACAUCUUUGUGGGUUGGAAUCUCCACUGGCCUUGCAGAAGAUGCCACUGUCACACAACCAAUAUACCAGCAAACUUCACAUAUGGUUGCACGUAUCAAUGAUGUAAACUAUCCGGACCCGACGCAAAUCCUGGCAGAAGCAACCAUAUGGACAAAUGAAGGCACAAGUGACAAACGAACAGUUUUAUAUGCAUCUGGAGGAAUUUAUCGAGAUAGCUGCAACUUUAACUUGUACUUUGGCGAAUGGGAAUGUGCCUAUCCGAAUGAAUUCUUUUACAUGAACGUCUACGUCACGGCUUCAAACGGAGCAGUCAUUCAGCGUUCAUAUACAGGAUUCUGCAGCAUCGUUGAGACAACACAAACUCCCCCUGGUCAGUGUAUGAAUGGCGGAGUUGAAACAACACUGUCGAAUGGCACUCAAACUUGCAUCUGUCCGGCACACUACACAGGAAAGAAAUGUGAAAAAAUACAAUGUUUGAACUUGGGGACGGCAAUUGGAAAUAAAUGUGAGUGCGUCAGUGGAUUCACGGGACAGUUCUGCGAAACAUCCGUCUGCCACCAAAGAAAUGAAGACUUUGAUUUUGGCCCAAAUAAGCGGUCACUGACUUUAAUUAUUCAAGACUCUAUUUCAACAAGGACGUCAAUGAGGAGUAUCAAAAAUCAGCUACCGUCGCUAGUUCAAGAUUUGACUCACCAACACGCUGAAUGGAUUAGCACUUAUCAGUUAUAUAGGUUUAAUGACUCGACCUUCACAAAAGUGGCUUCUACACCAAAUGCAAAUGAGUUUCUUCAAGGAAUGGAUGCGCUUUAUUCAGCUAAUUUGGCUGCUAGCGACCCAUCAUGUCGUGAUCUACGUGUUCUACCAGGUCUUUUGGGGGUGCUUAUGAACCAUCAACUGACAUUGAAUGGCGUGGUUUAUCUUUUUAUUAACGGUUAUAUGAAGCUCGACGUAACAACAAGCGAGGUGGAAGCUGUAUAUGAGUUACUGGAAAGAACUAAGGUUAUGUUCAAUGUAGUUCUGAUGUCUGGAAGCCCGUGUGGCAGAGAUUUGAGCGAAAACGAAACCUUAGUAUUGAUGAACUUUGCUGGUUACACUGGCGGGCAGUUCAUUAUGGUUAUGCCGCCGAGAGCUGGCAGCGUAAUUCGUUCGACACCAACAUUAUACCGCGCAAACUAUAUCUACGAAACAUAUAAGGAAAAUUGCACAGAGCCGGAACCUAUUUACUUCCCGAUUGAUUCACAAACACAAUCAUUCACUGCUUAUGUGGUUGGAGAUAUGGAAGAUAAUGCCAUAAAAUAUUAUCGACCUGAUGGUAGUAAGAAAGAGCCUUUCACUAUAUGGAAAGAUCUUGGAAUGGGAUCGCGAAUGGAUCAGAUUAUUAGAGAGUGUGACGACGGAUGGGAGCUUAGUGGGAAUAGAUGUUGGCAUUUCGGAAUAGUUCCUCGAACAUGGUCAGAGGCAAGGGAUUUGUGCCACAAUAACAACGCUGUUCUGAUAACCAUAUUUAAUCAAGCGGAACAGGACUACAUUGACUCAUUAGCACGCGGUGAGCCGUACUGGACUGGAUUGAAAUAUGACAGCACAUCAUCAGCUUAUGUAUGGGAUACGACCGAAGGAACGCCGCUCACUGUAUUCAUUUCAAAAGAUGAUUUCAAAUUAUCUUAUAAUAAAAAAACACGACACAUGGCUCUUAGUAGUACGGGCUACAAUAACUUCCCAGGUGGUAAUGUGCCAGCCUUUAACUUGACAACGCAGUGUGUUUUUGAUAAACAUCCUGUCGGAUGGUCUCUUGCGGCUUGUUCGGAAAGGCGAUCUUACGUUUGCGUAAAACAUGCUUGUUCAAAAAACAUCUGUGUUUCUAAAUAUCUUGAGAAGAAUGUUGUUAGUUCAACAAGUGUUGCGAAUAGUCGCAUUAGCUUAACAUCUGCUGAAGAGACAAACAAUGCUGAUUAUGAACCAGACUUCCAGGAUCUUGGAGAUCUUCUGGCUAGAGGAAUUUGGAAAAUGACUGUGCAAACAAUUAGUGGAGCUUGUUCAGUACAGAUCUACAGUCAAAGUGCCAUUCAAAUGUUUAUGGAGUUUUCAUCCGAUAUUCACAGCGAUUUUGGCUCGCAGCAACCGUACGUUCAAGCAAGCGACAACAGAAUAAUAGCUCACGUUACAAAGCAGACCAGCACUAGCGCAGGUUUGACUGGCUCGUUGCAGUACGCCCACUUAUACAAAAUAAGCAGCAACAUAACUAUAGUACAGGCUCAGACGUUCUCCAAGCGUGAUAUGGCUACAUGCGCAUUUGAGUACUUAUCAACUUCUUUCAAGUGUCCGUCUGAGCAUUUCUUAUCGCUGAAUACUGGCAUUGAUCGAUUCGGAUACCUGUAUCAGCGAAUCCAACCAAUCUCUUGUUUCAAAGGACCCGUCCCGGGAGACUGUGUAAAUGGUGUUUAUAAUCAAGGGCAUUGCGUAUGCGAUCCAUAUUACGAGGGCGAGUUGUGUGAAACGCCUAUUUGUCAAAAAGGAACCUUAGACAGUUUGCGAGAAAACUGCAAGUGCUUUGCAGGCUAUGCUGGGGUUGUCUGUGACAUACCGGUCUGCAAUCGUGGUACUUCUCAAAAUAUGCCGUCUAUAAAUAAUCGAACUUUUGUCCUCCUUCUUGACGGUUCAAAGACUGGCCGAAUGAAAAAUAUAGCAUCGUCGCUGGAAGACUUACUAACAUCCGUAUUUGAUGAAUCCAAUGAGCCUGAGUAUCGUGGCUGGUUCACCCAUUACACAGGCGUAGUCUUCCGAGAUUCAAGUGUCGGUGAACAGUCAGUGUCUGAAGUAAUUGAGUCGGACGACUCCACUGACUUUGUUAAAAAAAUGCUGGCCGAAAGAGACAAGUCAUACACACCUAGUGGAGAAUCAAGGUCUGUGAUGGCGGCUAUAGUGCGUGCUAUGCAAAGUACAUACGUUCAGCCUCGUUCCUAUGUCUUUGUUCUAACUGGUGCUGAUGCUGAAGAUUACGAGCGUAAAACUGCAGCAAUAGAAGCACUGGCACGAACACACUGCUAUGUAGAAUUUUUGAUUGUUGGCGAUGAGGAGGCUCCUGGAGGAGGUAAAAACUAUACCAAGCCACAACUGGUUGCAUAUUACGACAUUGUCAGAGAGACCAGUGGCCAACUAUACCAAGUGCAAGACAACGAAGGCAACGUUGAUGUUUUUAAAACGUUCUGGAGGAGUCUGUUUUCCACGUAUUACGAUACGUUCUUCGUUACCACCGUGCAAAAGCAAGACUGCUCGUCGGGUAUCGAUGAGUACGUUCAACUCGGCUACAACGCCUCAACCUUGAUUAUUGACGCUGUUGGGAGUGGCCAAGUUUCCAUUUUCGAUCCGCAAAAUAGGCAAGUGAAUAAUAUCAAUUCAAUAAAAGGAUCAAGAACUAAUCGAGUGAAUACAGUCUCGGUAAAUAUGACGGGACUCUGGAAGAUUACACUGCCUGAAUACAAAGGUUUCUGCAGAUUACAAGUCAAAGGAAAGUCCAAUAUUGAAAUAUUUAUUGGCUAUGUACAUGACGGUACAGACGGUGGACUGCAUUCAAGGGAUGUCGAUUAUAGACCUCUUACAGACGGUGUUAAUGCGGUAGUGGCCAAAUCUGAUGUAGCUAAAAUUAAUUUUGUCCAAAUCUUUUCUUUGGAUGAGAGAAAACUGCUAUGGUCGUCCCCAAUGAUCGCUCGAAGAAGUUGCACAUAUCAGUAUGUAUCAUCUAGGACUUUCACUUGCACAGAACCAUCGCUCUCAGUCGCUGUUGAGGGUGAAGACGACAGAGGUUAUCCAAUACGCCGAAUGAUUCACACCCACUGCGUUGGCAAUUUUGCAACAACUGCUGCACCUGGAACAACAGCUACACUUCUUACAACAACACCUGUGGUAACGCUUAAACCAUUACAGUGUGACGACAACGCUAAGUUCGAUAUAAUACUUAUGUUUGACGGCUCUGACGGAUUUAAUGCUAAUGAUUUUGAAGACGUUGUCAAAGCGUUUGAGUCAGUUCCAGAAAAGAUGAACAUUUCACAAAAUGGUAUUCGAUUCGCAAUUGGAACAUAUGCUGAAAGUGCAGAAAUCUUUUCAACGUUUGAGAACACCGACGUCACCGAAUUCCACAACACGCUGCAACGCCUUGUUUCGUUUGGACAUGAAGGCGUUACUGCCAAUAAUAUUUCUGACAUAUUCACAAAAAUAGAGAACCUUAAUUUCCGAGACAGCGUACCUCGUGUACUCGUCAUGUUUUCUUCUUUGAGACUAGAUGUAGGACUUGGAGAAGCUUACCCAGAUCCAAAACAGCAAGCUGAGGAAUUCCGGGCAAAGGGCAAAAUAUUGCCAAUUGGUUAUGGAAAAUAUGUAGAUGCUGACUUACUGAAAAAUCUUGGGAACAAUUGUGCUAAGUUUGCUGGAGACAUGCUAGAAAUGAAAGCACUUCUUCCUUGGGUUACAUCAUCGCUGUGCAGGUUUGUAAUUGGUUACCUUAAGAAACUACCUUUACUUUGGUUGACUGGUUAA